CGAUGCGGGUCGGAGGAAGGCAAAGGGGAGAAGAGGGGGAAAAAAAGGGGAAAAACGAAGCUGGUAGAGACGGCAGCGAAUGGGGCCAUGGCGGAAGUGAUGACCAAAGUGAGGACGAAAGUGCGGACGGACGUGAGGACGGACGUGACGGGGGAGGAGAAAAACACCUCGGGGACAACAUGGACGAAUUACAGAGAGCGUACGAAGGGGUGGAAGUGUUUGUGGAACAGGAGGAUACACAAGACAUAGAAGAAGCGACGAUCAAUAAAAUAAACACAAAUGUAGAGCGAAUCAGCUUCAUUAAGAAACUGGACGUGGAGGCAAACAGGAAGAACUUCGACCUGAUCGAAACGAGUCUCCCCAGCAACACGUUCAGUUUUAAAUACAUGUCGCAGUUGAUGUCCCAAACGCAAUUUAUAAAAAAUAUUUGUAUAGCGGGACAUUUCCAUCACGGGAAGACCACCCUCAUAGAUAGGAUAAUCGAAUUUACUCGAGAAAAAAAGGAUAGCAAAACGAAAUUGAUUUAUGGAAGUGGCACAACAAGUGAGGGAAAUCCAAACAGCGGCACAGUAAGCUUCUUUCACGUGAAUACCGAAAUGGAGGGAGUACUAAUAAAAAGAAACAACGUAAGAAAAAAUAAUACAUCCAUGGUGACUCCAUUUAAUACAAAAAAAAUUGACCAUUUAAUAAAUUAUACAGAUACAAGACUUGAUGAACAAGCAAGAGGAUUAUCCAUUAAAGCAAUUCCUAUAUCACUCAUUCUUCAAAAUAAAAUGUAUGAAAAUAUUCCUAGUAAUAUUUUACUGAAUAAAAAAAAAAAUAAUUUGAAAUAUAAAUCAUACCUUUUUAAUAUCAUGGAUACACCAGGACAUGUCAAUUUUUUUGAUGAGUUCCUAUGUGCAGUGAAUAUAUGUGAAUGCUGCUGUUUGGUUGUAGACGUCACCGAUGGAUGUAUGUACGUGACGGAAAAUAUAAUAAAAACGUGCAUUUACGAAAAUGUGAAGAUGGUAUUAAUUAUUAACUGUAUAGAUAAAUUAAUAAUGGAUUUGCGUUUGCCUCCGAAUGAUGCAUACCACAAAAUUAACUACACCAUUGAGGAGAUUAACAAUAAAAUUGAGUCGUUUUGUGACAUGUUAAAUAAGAGUCCAAAGGAGAAGAAGAAAUUUUUGUUAUCACCUUUGAAAAACAACGUCCUGUUCGCUUCCAGCAUUUAUGGAGUUUUUUUUACCCUCAAAUCGUUUAGUAAAAUUUAUUGUAACUUGUACAGUGCAUACAAUAUUGAUAUUGACGAAUUCGCACAGCACCUUUGGGGAGAUAUUUAUUUUAACGAGAAGGAUUUUUCUUUCGUUUCAUCUCCACUCUAUUCAAAUCAGAGGAGAUCAUUUGUUGAGUUUAUCUUAAAUCCGAUUUAUAAAAUCUUCGGGUAUGUCUGUUCAGAAGAAAAAGAAUUCCUGAUUCCGUUUUUUAAAAAUUUUAACAUUACCCUGAAAAAAAAUGACUACCUUUUUAAUAAUAAAUACCUUCUUAAAAAAAUCAAUGGCAUGAUAUUUGAAGAUACAACUGCAUUUGUGGAUGUCAUUCUGGAUAAUUGUCCCUCUCCAUUAGAGAAUGCUAAACAGAAGACGAGGCAAAUUUAUUCAGGUUCUUUAAAAACCAAAUUAUGCUACGAUAUGAUGAGAUGUCUUAAAGGGGAUCAAACGGACAAUCUAAUGAUUUACAUAAUUAAGAAUUACCAUCGACCGGAAUGCAUCAUUUUGGAUCUCUUCGGUAGGGUCAUGUGUGGUACCAUCAGGAAGGGACAAACAGUGCGCAUCUUAGGGGAGGGAUACAGCCCUAGUGACGAUGAAGAUAUGAUAACUAGAGUAGUUACUCACCUGUGGAUUUACGAGGGUAGAUACCGAGUCGAGGUCGAUGAGGUCCCCGCGGGAAAUUUCGUUCUCAUUGGUGGAGUUGAUAUUUGCAUUAACAAAACGUGCACCAUAACGAAUGUGAAAAAGAAGAGAGCUGGGUACGCACAGGGAAAAGGCUCAAAGAAGAAGGGUGAGUUGAACGGAAUGAAAGCAGCGGGAAUUUUACCCACCUCAGGAGGAUCUCGAAAUGGUUUGAAAAAGGAAGAACGGAGACUCCUGCUCGAGGAAGAAGAAGCAGAAACGGAGAUAUUCUAUCCAUUACAUAGAAAGUUCAAGUAUAUAAAUUGUGCUAACUCCGUUUUUAAGGUCGCUUGUGAACCUAUUAACCCCUCGGAACUUCCCAAAAUGUUGGAUGGUCUCAGAAAAAUUGACAAAACGUAUCCUUUGUCCAGCACCAAAGUGGAGGAAUCUGGUGAACAUAUCAUCCUGGGGACGGGGGAGCUAUACUUGGACUGCAUUUUGCACGACUUGAGGAAGCUUUAUGGAGACCUCGAAAUUAAGGUAUCCGAUCCCGUGGUGCAGUUUAACGAAACGGUUAUCGAAACGUCGGCUCUGAACUGUUUUGCGGAGACUCCAAAUAAGAAGAACAAAAUUCACAUGAUUGUGGAACCGAUGCAGAAGGAGCUGACGGAUGACAUCGUGCAGGGGCUGGUUCACCUGAACAAGGGCGAGCGAGACGCCAACGUCGAGGAGUACCUGCACACGGUCGACAGGCUGCUGCGGGAGGAGGGGGGAGCGGGGGAAGCGGUGGAAGCGGUGGACGAAUCGGACAAAUCAGACGCACCCGACGAAGUGCACCUAAACGGAGCAAACGAAGGAAACCCCCCCUCGGAGAAACGCACGAGUACUCUGAAUUACAACCUAGACAAAAACGUCAUCUCGUUGCUCACGGACAAGCACAACUGGGAUAUGCUGUCAAUAAGAUCCAUUUGGGCCUUCGGUCCGGAAAGCAACAGCCCAAACAUCCUAGUCGACGAUUCCUUGUAUAAAGAAACAAACAAAGAAAAUCUGUACGCCAUUAAGGAGAAUAUUAUCCAAGGAUUUUGCUGGGCCACGAAGGAGGGACCUCUAAUCGAAGAGUGCAUGAAAAAUGUGAAAGUAAAAAUUUUAAAAGGUGAAAUAGAUGAUGACCCAAUCAAUAGAGGAGCUGGGCAAAUUAUACCAACAACGAGGAGAGCUAUAUAUUCAUCCUUUUUAUUAGCUACCCCGAGGUUAAUGGAACCUAUUUUGUUCACAGAAAUUAUUUGUUCAGGUGAUUCUGUUUCAUCAGUUUAUAAUGUGCUGUCUAGAAGAAGAGGUCACGUAUUGAAAGAUUUCCCUAAAGUGGGAACCCCCUUGUAUAUGGUUCAUGCGUACUUACCAGCAAUUGAGUCCUUCGGAUUCGAAACUGAUUUAAGGACACAUACUAGUGGACAGGCAUUUUGCUUAAGUAUGUUUGAUCACUGGCAUAUUGUCCCAGGGGACCCUCUAGAUAAGUCAGUCAUUCUAAGGCCCUUGGAGCCAGCGCCUAUUCAGCAUUUGGCCCGAGAAUUUUUGCUUAAAACGAGGAGGAGGAAGGGGUUAACCGAGGAUGUUACGAUUAACCGAUUUUUUGACGACCCGAUGCUCCUAAACAUAAAGGACGAGUUCGCGGAAUACUUCUGA